UGUAGAUCUAACAGUGGACAAAUUGUCCAGUGGGAACCAACAAUCCUUUAAUAAGGACAUCUCAAUCAGCCUGCAGAAGAAUGUCUUCUUCCAAUGUCACUGAAUACCACCCUUCUUCAUUCCUGUUGCUGGGGAUUCCAGGGUUGGAAAUUGCACAAAUCUGGCUUGGCUUUCCCUUCUGUGUAGUGUAUCUGAUUGCUCUUGUUGGAAAUAUCAUUAUUCUCUUUGUUAUCUGGACUGAUCACAGCCUUCACCAACCCAUGUUCUACUUUUUAGCCAUGCUGUCAGUAAUUGACCUGAGUCUCUCUACUGUUACCAUCCCUAAAAUGCUGAGUAUCUUUUGGUUCAAGCUUCAGGAGCUGUGCUUUGGGUGCUGUGUUGCUCAAGUCUUUUUUAUCCACUUUUUUACAGUCAUGGAGAGCAUUGUACUUCUUACCAUGGGUUUUGAUCGUUAUGUGGCUAUUUGUAACCCACUCAGAUACCGCAUGAUCCUCACGAACAGAGUCAUUGGUGUGAUUGCUCUGGUGGUAGUUCUAAGAAGUUUAUGCAUGAUUGCUCCCAUUGUUUUUCUCCUUCUAAGGCUACCUUACUGUGGACAUAGAAUCAUCCCUCACACUUAUUGUGAGCACAUGGGAGUCGCACGUCUAGCUUGUGCCAGUAUUAGAACCAAUAUCUACUAUGGUCUUGCUAAUAUUUCUAUCUUGUUUCUGGAUGUGCUUCUGAUCAUUACCUCCUAUGCUAGGAUUUUAUACACUGUCUUCCACCUCCCUUCCCAGGAUGCCCGCUUAAAGGCUCUAAAUACUUGCAGCUCCCAUAUCUGUAUCAUCUUGGUGUUCUUUGGUCCAGCUCUCUUCUCCUUCCUCACUCAUCGUUUUGGCCAGAAUAUUCCCAAGUAUAUCCAUAUCCUUCUAGCUAAUCUCUAUGUGGUCAUCCCCCCUGCCCUCAACCCAGUCAUUUAUGGGAUCAGGACCAAGCAGAUCCAGAAGCGGGUACAGAGCCUUUUUCUUAGAAAAAAAUGAGAAGUAACUGAUUCUAGUUAUGGAAGUAUAAAGUCUGAGCAGACUUAAAUUUGUAAUAAAAUUAAUAAACUAGAACCUACCCAGUCUUCUCCCAUACCUCCCCAUAGAAGUUCUCAAAAUGAGGGUCUGCUCUGGGCAUCCCCCUUCUCCUAAGCCUCAGGUUUCAGACUUCAGCACAUAAUGUACACAUAUUUAAAAACUACUGUCUGCCUGUUUUGGUCUCUUGGGUGAUAACUGGCCCAAGUUUGGCCGUUUUGGCAGUAGAUGGGCCAGGAGGAAAGGAUUAAGAGAAAUUACUUCCAUAGC